GCCGCCGCCCGCGCGCGCGCCAACGGCGGGGCGCGGACAGCUGGCGCUCGCCGCUCGCCCCGCGAUGGCGGCCGCGGCCGGGGCCGGGGCGGCGGCGGCUGGAGGCGGCCACGCCUACCUGGUCGACGCCCUGCAGGCCGAGGUCGCCAAGUGGCGCGGCGUGGCGGAGGAGCUGCGCGGGCGCCUGCGCGGCGCCGAGGCCGCGCACGCCGCGGCGCAGGAGAGGGCCGAGGGCGCGCACGCGCAGGCCCUGCAGGGCGAGCGGAAGCGGGUGGCGGCCUUCCAGAAGCAGCGCGACGCCUUGGCGGCCGAGGUAGAGGACGUCAAGGAGCUGCACGCGCGGCAGGUCGACGCGCUCCGGCGCAGCGCGGCGGGACGCGAGGCGGCCCAGGUGGACCUGGCCGUGCUGUACGACCGCCACGUGCGGCAGCUGCAGCUCUGCUUCGAGGCCGCCGCAGUGCCGGUGCUUCGGAGCUGCCGCCAGGGCCAGCAGGUCGAGGCGGCCGCGCUGCAGGAGUGUGUCGCACAGCUCGAGCUGGGCCUCCAGGCUGUCAAGAUGCAGCGGCUGGAGCGCCGCCGCGUGCUUCAGCAGACGCUGGAUCGGCGCGCCUGCGAGCGGCAGGGCCGCAGCGACCGCCGGGAGGAGGCCACCGAGUUUCAACAGCGGCGCGCCCAGUGGCUGCAGGUCCAGCUGGCCAGCAUGCGAGAGGCCCACGCUCUCGAGCUCGAGGCCUUCGAGGAGCGCCUGCUGGAGGAGGAGCAGACCGCGGACGCCCGCCUCGACAGCCUGCUGGGCAACGAGGUCGACGCUGGCGUCAGCCACGCCCUCCGCAGUGCCGCGGUGGCGGCUGCGCCAGGGCCACCCCCGCCAGACUGGGAGGUGGAGCGGCUGCGGCAGGAGGCGGGGACGCAACGCAGGAGCCUGGCCGAGGCCUUGCGCCAGCGCGGCAGCUGGGCCGGGACCCCCCCGGAGCUGGCUUCUGCACGCGCGAGCGCGCGGAGCUCCAGGGAGGCCGUCGGCGCGAGCGCGCCAGGGGAGAGGUCGCCCGGCAGGAGCCCGGCGGUGCUUCAGCCAGGCGCCCACCAGGAGCCCGCCGCCGUGGGAGAGGGCGCCCCGCAGGCCCGCCGGGAGCUCUCCACACCCCGCCGGCCAGGCGCCCGCCAGGAGCCCACGGCCGUGCCGCCUCGCGAGCGGCCUGCUCUCGGGGAGCCCGCAGAAGCUCCCCGCCAGCCGGCCACCCGCCCAGGGCCUCUGGCCGUGCACCAGGAGCAGGUCGCCACCAGAGGGCCACCAGACGCGGCCUGCGAGCCAGCCGCCAGGCCCGUGCAGAGCACGGAGGGUGCAGAGGCAGAGCCGACGCCCUCGGGGGGCCUCUCAGGCAGCCUGCGGAGCUCCGGCGGCGUCCUCUUCGGCGGCGGUCUCGGCGCAAGCACCGGGCCGAGGGUCGGAGGAGGCUCCCUCGGGCCUGCCGCGCCGCCGGACGGCAGCGGCGGCGGCGGUGGCUUCUUCGGACCCCAGGGGCUCAUGGCCGCGGCCCGUGAGCUUGUCCAGGAGCUCGCCGCUGCCGGCGAGCCAUCCAACCUCUCGGAGCCGGCAGUCGUAGGCAGCGAGCCAGGAGACCCCUGGGAACCCACGGCCGCGGGCCGCGAGCCAUCGGGGUUGGAGCCUGGGGCCUCGGAGCUCGUCGCAGCUGAGGCGCGGCGGAGUAUCGUCGGCCAGCUGUUCGAUGUGCUGGACACGGACGGCGACGGACUUCUGAGCCAGCAGGAGAUGGAGCAGUUCGCGCGCCACCAUGGCUUCGAGGGCUCGGACGACGAAUGGGCGAAAGAGUUCCAGCUCCUCUGCGGGAUGCCAAUCUUUGGCGAAACCUCGCGCGGCCAUCGAAUGGGGGUGCCACUGGAUAGAUUCAGGACGCUGGUUGACGACCAGUCAGAGGCUGGCCUGUUCUGCUCCCACGAGGAGCUCUGCCAGCUGCUGUUGGAGCUCAGGCAGGGCCAGCCGCAGCGUCACGAUGAGGCCCAGCGGUCGGGGCUGCUGACGCCCUCGCCCUUCGAGGCUGCGCCCUACGGUGCUGCCCCGCACGGCGGGGACACGGACGAGCACUGCGCCGCGCCGUUAGGACCGCCCGCCGCGGCAGAGCCCCUGGCCGAUUCCCGCUGGCAGGCCGCUGCUGGGCAGCAGACUGCUCACCCGCCGCGGGCGGCGCCGCCCGCCGCUGGUCGCGAGCGGGCGGCGGCCUGGCCAGCAGUAGCGGCCCGCGAGCCGCCGGGCCAGGCAGCCCUGACCUGGGAGCCAAGCUAUGCCCGCGGGCCCGGCACUCUGGAGGCCCGUGCGCCCUCGCGGGCAUCGAGCCGAGAGCCUUCCCCGACGAGGGACUCCUCGGCCCCGGCGGCCGCGUGGCCGCUCGUGCGCGUGCCCUCUGCGGCCAGCCGGCCAGCCGCCCCGCCCCUGGGGCCGGCGGCGGCGCCAGAGCUACCCGACGAGCCCGCGCAGGGGGCAGGCGAGCCCGCGUCGGCGGGGCGCGAGCCGCCCGCCAUCCUGGGGGCCCCCUCCGAGUCCGCGCGUGCGUGCAGGCAGCAAGGCGGCACGUGCUCGGGUGGCGGCCGCCCGCAGAGGGCGCCCAUGGUGCCCCUGAGGACGCCAGACCCGCCGCCGCCGGCAGCGCCCCCGGAGCCGCCGCAGCUGCUCGCGCCGCCGAGGCCAGGGGCGCGGUACUCGAGGUACACCGUCGACAACAGCCUGCUGCAGGCACCCACCCGCGGGCUGCAGUACCGACAGACCAGGAGGCUCGAGGACAAGGACCUCAAGAGCAUCGCGGCCUGGGGCUCCGUCGUCCACGGCAUUGACUGCGGCGACGGCUGGGUCGAGGUCUACAACCGCUUCCUGCCCAUGCAGGUCGGCGGCGUGCGGGUGCUCGCGCCUUGCCCUGGCAACCUUCUCCGAGACUCCUGCUCGAUGUCUGACCCGCUCGACCCGGGCCUGGCCGAGCCCGCCCUGAGGAUCAGCAUCGUCUAAUUUAUCCCCAUCCCCACUUGGCCAUUGCACCUCGGCCCCACCAGCCAACCCUCCCUCUUGGGGACAGGCCCCGCG